CCAGCCAAGUCCUCACCAUUCCAAUACCCUGCUGGAGAGAUGAGACACUCACACCAGCUGCCCCUGGUGGGGGUCCUAUUGUUUUCUCUUAUUCCAAGCCAACUAUGUACAAUAUGUGAGGUAAGCAAAGAAAACUACUCCCGUCUAAAUCCUCUAAUAAACACAAUGAUCAAUUCAAAAUAUGCCAAAGGAGUCCAAGCUGCCAAUGUCCUGUUGUCCCUUAGACUUGUUGGAAUCCGGAACCAAAGCAUAGAACAACAGCUGAUCCAACAAGUUCACGACAGUGAGGAAAGUACAGAUUUAACCUCGGGUCAGCUUGCCUUGGUUAUACUGGCUUUGGGAGCAUGUCAGAGCUCUGAUGAAACAUUUGCAUACCCUCACCUGGUCAGCCAACUGGAAAAGAAAUUCCAAGCAGAAAUUAAAAACAUGGAAAUACACCAUGGCAACCCACUGACUAACUACUACCAGCUCAGCUUGGACAUUUUGGCCUUGUGUCUGUUCAAUGGAAAAUACUCUAUCAACAGAGUUACUAAACUCUUCACUCCUGAAAAUAAAAACUUCUAUUUUGGUGGCCAGUUCUCAGUAGAUACUGGUGCGAUGGCUGUCCUGGCUCUGACCUGUGUGAAGAGAAGGAUAGUAAAUGGACAGAUUAAAACAGAUGAAGAACAUUUCAAGCAUAUCAAGGGUCACAUAAAGUCACUGGUAAAAAAGAUUCUGUCUGAGAAAAAAGAAAAUGGUCUCAUUGGAAACCUAUUUAGCACAGGAGAAGCUAUGCAGGCUCUCUUUGUCUCAUCAAAUGAAUGUCUCAAUGAAAAUGAAUGGAAUUGCCAACAAACUCUGGACACAGUGCUCGAGGAAAUUUCUCGGGGAGCAUUCCACAUACCAAUUGCUGCAGCACAGAUCUUACCUGCCCUGGUGGGAAAGACCUAUUUGGAUGUUAACAAAAACUCUUCUUGUGGUUCAGGUAACUUCAACAUCUCUAGUCAGGAACCUAUACCUGUGGUCCCUACUAGCUCACCCUCAUAUAUCUUAGUCCAUUAUUCUGUGGAAAUCAAUGAAACGUAUUCCACCGAUGUCACUGUGCCGACUGGUUCUGUCUUCCUAGAUGUGAUGGAGGCAGCUCAGAAAAUGAACAAGACUGCAUUUUGUUUCACAGUGAGGGAGAGCUCGUGGGGCUCCUACAUCACCUCUGUUCAAGGCUUGAAAGCCAACAGUAAUGACAGAAGCUACUGGGAACUUCUGAGUGAAGGCAAGCCUCUGAGCCAAGGAGUUGGUAGUUAUGUUGUCCAUAAUGGCGAAAAUUUGGAGGUUCGUUGGAGCAAAUACUAAUAAACUCAAACCAUCCUCAGCUGGAUCUAAUUUUUUCUGCAGUGGCCCUCCAUGUGGAAAGUGGCCUCAGGCCUUGCUUUUCAUUUAUCUCUCCCUUUCUCUCUUACGUUCAAUAAA